UCAUACAUUCCCUUGCUUUUUUAUAUGUUGCAAAGGUGAAAAGUGCACAAAAGGCAAGCAACACGGAACCGUUAUGUUGCGAUAUGGAGUUCUCAUCUGUCCGCCAACGAGUCUGCUGUAUUGUUUUCUUACCAGCUCUCAGCCAAAAUAAUUUCCUCGAUGUGUCUGCCUGUAGCAGCUCUAUCUCGCUCAUCCCUCUGACCCCAGAUUAAUACUGUGUUAAUAUACAACCGUGGAGGGAGGAGCAUUCCACGGGGAGGUGGCAGAGAAACUCACAAUUGUGUUCAGAUUUGAAGAGGUGACUUGUUUCUAGUGUAGGUGACUCUAGCAUUGUCUUAUCCUGAACAGGCACCAAGGGAUAACUGGAAGUCGGUGUCAUCGGGACUUUUGAAGGUUUUUUCUCCGUCUCUCCAUCAGAAGACACAAAGAAGGAGGGACAGGCAAAAAGACGACAAGGGAGUUAAGUGAUCAUGAUUGUGACGAAGCAGAUGCUGUCUCUAGCCUGUAUCAUCCUCCAUUGCCUGGGCAAUGGGAUGACGCUCAUCGGGGUCUACCUGCUGUCUGUGCAGACCGAGUUAAAGUUGACCUGGAAGACCCUCCCUGCCUAUAUGUUGAUAAUCUUUGGCCUCAUGGUGGUCUUCAUCGGGUUCCUCUGGAACAUCUGUCACAGCAUAAAGACCAAGAUGUACCAGAGAGAAGGACCUGAGCAGCAGAUCCAAAUCUACACCAUUGACAGACCAGGCUCCUUUCCCCCGUCGUACGAGGACUCCCAGGCAGGCCGCAUCUCUUCUGAUACACCCCCUGAGUCUGCGGUUGUGGAUGUUGAGAUGAGCCUCGCUCCUCCGCUGUACAGCCAGGACAGCUCAGAGGCCCCGAACUGCACGUGGAGCUGGGAGGCGCCUCCUCGGUACAGUCAGGUGGAUCAGCAGGGACAGGAUGAUGCAGAGGAGCUGAGGCGAGAAACGUUGUCCCCACGCUGAGAGAUGAGAUGUCGACCAGUUCCAGAAAAAAUAUAAAAGACAUGUAAACGAUGGCCCACGGAAACGUGUUGACAUCACAUUUGUGCCAUGGAUCCACAUCCAGCUCUUAACCUCUGAACUCUAGUGAGUGAACAAACUGCUCAGGCUUGUUUCAGCCCAGCGGUAUUAAUAGAAGUACUGGCUGUUCAGGUAAACUGUGGAUCUGUGUUGAUUUUACUCUAAAUCAGUGGUUACUUAACAGUAUCAACCUGUCAAAUUGUUUUACCUGCACUGUAUUGUUCCUUUUUGGGCACAAUUGAAAUUAAUUCAUGUUUAGAAGUUUAGAAGUAGAAGAUGACGCCUGAUCAUUUGAAGUUUGUGUUAUAGAAGAAAAACCCAAGUCCACAAAAGGUUUCUCUAAUAUUUUUGCCGUCCUGGGGAUAAUUUCUAUUUACACUCUUUAAGAUAUUUUUGGUAUAAUAUCAAUAACACUACAUUACAUUGACAAUUAGAUCAAACCAACAACCGUAAACCUUUAAGUUAAGUAUAUGCAUAUAUUCUACAAAUAUACAAACUACUAUGCAUCUAUAACUCGAACCCUUCUUGGUAUGAUUUGGAUUAGUCAAUUAAAAAUUAUUUUGUCGAUUUUUCCAAGUGGCUGCCUAUCUAAGUAAAGGCCAAUGUAUGCUACUCCGAGUCCGUUGCGGACUGACGGACGGACGGAGCGGACGGAGCCUUUUUGAUUUAUAGUUCUACGAGCCUUUUUGUUGUGAAAACAAUUCACCGCCAGAACAGUAGAUGGCGCAACUGAAGUCGAGCUUAGAGAAGCCUACCUCAUGAGGUAUAUAGAAGAAGUCCACGCUGGUUUAUUUACGUCAUCCCGGCUCCUCACACACAGUGAACGAUGGCAGCUAACAGAAAAAGGAUGUUGAGGACGCGACAGUUUUUGCUGAAUAAAGUGACACCCAGCGGGUCAUAAUGCUUAUGUUAUCGUGUCUUAACGCAGCGGUUCCCCGGUCUUGUUUCCAAACUGCGUUGCUAAUUCAACAGCUGCAACAGCUUGAAGCUACAAGGAGGCAGCUAGCUUCCCCCCAGCUUCCACACACAGUCAGCAGGGACACCCGAUACUAACUACUACCAAGUGUUUGCUUCUAACCUGACGGUGUUUGAGAAACAGUGUCAUGAGCCGUGGGAUUAAAGUCGGUUUUUUGCGCUGUUCCCACCGCAGUUAGCAUGGUGGUUAGCCCGCUAGCCACGUUAUGAAAGUUCGUUAUAACAGUAUGUGACCGUACACACAUGCCGUAAGUGCUCUAACCAGCCACCGUCAGCCGGACAAUGCCGCUGGCUUAACACACUUGUCACAUUAAUCAUAGAGUCGUAGUUGUGAUUUUUGUUUAUUAUGAUGUAGGGAAUGGAACAGGAAGUUUCCAUUCCGAAAUGCUAGCGUUAGCGGACCAAUCACAGCCAAGGGCUAUCCGUGGGCUCUCCGCCAUUUCGACGUGUAGAAAAAGGAGAGCUGCACGAAAAGCUCUCCGAGGAGCCGCGGAGAGGCACGGAGAGGGCGUUCCACGUUGGAGAAGGCGGUCCUAUCUGUCCGUGUCCGUCAAAACGGACAAACGGAGAUAUACAGUAUAUCUGAUGCACUGAGCUGUUGAUUACAAUAUGGACUUUGUGAAAUAAGUUUUCACUCAAUAAAUCUGUGGCCAGAAUAAUUAAUAGAUAACAUGAUAAACUAACUGCUUAGUGGAAGUAUGAAAAGAGUGUUAUUGGUCUUACUAUUUUUUAUAAAAAAAACUUCGAAUUUGUAUAUAAGUCUAUUGGUCCUUACUGAGGUAUAAUAAAAUAUGUGUUUGACUGGUGUAGCAAGUCUUUUCACUUUUAAUGUAAGAAAUAAGGAGAUGUGCUAACAGGCUGUUUUAACAGAUUCCGAAUAUUCACUCUGAAGUGCACCUGACAGUACACCUUGUUACUCAGAAGUCACCUGACAGCUCAGUCGUGAAGUUCACCCAAUAAAAACAAUGGUGGAGCAU